UCUUUGUGAGUGACGCAAGCACGUAUGACGCUGUGGUCAGCCGUCUCAUCAGGAAGUAAACAUUAAGCUGAACCUUUAUACAUCUAUGAGCUAAACAGGCGAGUAACACGACGGAGAAAGUUUUUUAAAUUUCCUCAUCUAUGUGAAGUUCACGCCCAGCUCUCCAGAUGGUGUCUCUGGUAUGCACUUUGCAAGACCAUCUAGACGAUGUCAACUGGUGUGCAUUCUCUGCAACACUACUAGCCACCUGUUCAGGGGACAAAACUCUGCGGAUCUACAACACGCGUGACUUCGCAGAGUUGCCCUAUUCGCCUCUGUCAGGGCAUGGCUAUGGCGUCCACUGCUGCUGCUUCAGUGCCUGCGGCCAGUUCCUCGCUUCAUGCUCGACAGAUGCAACCACGGUGAUCUGGUCAGUGGCCACGGGUGAGAUCGAGGCUGUCCUUGAGCAUCCCGGUCGCAGCCCUGUCAGGAUUUGUGCAUUCUCUCCGGAUUCCACCUAUUUGGUUUCGGGAGCAUCUGAUGGCACUUUGGCUCUGUGGGAUUUCCCCUCUAAAAAGCUGCUCAGGACCGGGGCAGUGAAUGACACAACGAUGGUAGCCUGCUCUUUCAGCCCCUGUGGCCAGUUGUUUAUGACUGGGUCUACCUAUGGCGACCUGCGUCUGUGGGACCUGGCGAUGAACCAACUCCAUGCAGAGAAGAACGCGCAUGACCUGGGAGUCACCUGCUGUGCCUUCGCCCCCAACAUCCUCAGCAGUGUUCAUGUCGUGCAGUUUCAUCUGGCAUCUUGUGGGCAAGACAGUCAUCUGAGGAUCUGGGCCAUUAACAAGUCUGGCUCUGGAGCCUAUAAGAUGAAGCUCCUACACACACUAACCGGCCAGUCGGCUCCUGUCCUCUCCUGUGCGUACUCCUCAGAUGGACAGCUACUUGUGUCUGGCUCUGUGGAUAAAACUGUUACAAUCUAUGAUGCUAAUAAUGCAGUUUUGCUUUACACAUUGAACCAGCAUGGCAGGUAUGUGACAGCAUGUGCCUUUUCUCCAACUUCUCCGCUGAUCGCCACAGGAUCCAUGGAUAAGACUGUAAACAUCUGGAGGGUAGAAGAUGGAAACAGUAGCCAUGCUGGGAAAUCGUUGCCUGAAUCUGCAUUAGCCUCAAGUGAAGGGAGAACCUCGACAGGCCAAUCCAAGCUGUUGGUCAGUGAUUGGUCGGAGGGGGAUGUGUCAGCAUGGUUGGUGGAGGAAGGCCUAGAGGCACUGGUGGACAAAUUCAGAGUCAACAACAUAGACGGAACAGAGCUCCUCAGUCUAACCAGUGACACAUUGGCCUCAGAGCUUCACAUAGAGUCAGUAGGUCUUCGCAAGAAGGUCUUGAGGAAGGUGGAGGAGCUGAAGGAUGCAUCAGUGUGUACAGGCAUUCCAGAUGAGUUCCUGUGUCCCAUCACCAGAGAGCUGAUGAAGGAACCAGUCAUUGCUGCUGAUGGUUACUCAUAUGAGAGAGAGGCCAUCGAGAGUUGGAUCAACACCAAGAAUCGUUCCAGCCCCAUGACCAACCUCCCCUUACUGACGACUCUGCUGACCCCUAACUACACACUGAAGAUGGCCAUUGGACGCUGGAAGACCAGCCACUAGCAUCCUAAAGACUGAACCCCCACAAUUAUCUCACCUAUUAGAAACAUAACCCACAAGAGCAGUGAGAGACAGCAGCCUUCACCAUGCUUCACAAUAACACACAUCAACAUAACACAUCUAGCUGCAUCUUAGUUUUCUCUAUAUUUCUCAAGAUAUAGUCCAAAAUGUGAAUUUUGACUUUUGGAUUAACUUACCUUGACCUUUCACCUACACACUCCAAAAUUUAAUCAGCUCACCAUUCACACAUUACCAGUCCUCCCAUAAAGUUUCAUCCAAAACCCUCCAUUAGUUUUUGAGUUAUCUUGCUGACAGACAAACAAACAGAGGCAAAAACAUAAUCGCCAUCCACCUUUGAAUAGUGUACGUAAUUAUGCAGUGCUCAAAGGGAUACCCUCACAUUUUGAAUAUGUAAUUUUGGUUUGUUUUCAUCUGAGGCAUGUGCAUAAUUUGGGGAUAUUUCUCCUUUGGCAUUUAGUUAGUUGAAAAUUAGCUGUUUUGUCUUGUGUCUUAUGUCAGUCUCACUGAAAACGAUAUGCAUCAUUAUCCACAGUCCAACGAGGUAGUGUUAUAAAUGUGUUGAUGUUUUCAGGCUGUCUGCUUAUGCUAGACUGAGCCUUGCUAUUCUGAACCCUGUGGAAAUGGAGGUUGUUUGAAUAACAUCCUGCUGUAUUGGUGAAGAAACCUAAGCAUUUUUGCAGAAAUAGCUAUGUUGACAACACUGCAUUAUUAGUUCAUUUUUUUCCUGCUUGGUUAAAUGUCUGUUUCGACGUCUUAAGUUUGGAUAAGUGAGGUUGAACUGAGUAAGGGCAGGACUCCGACUCGUGUAUUCACUUUAAAGGUUUGGCAGCAUUUUCUAGAUUAUACUGAGCAAGACAAAGAAGUAGAAAUGUGGGCCAUAUAUGCAGAGGUAAUAAUAACAUCUAGGCAGUAGAUACAACAGAUUAGUCCUCCAUAAAUUUUUAUUAUACCACAGUGAUAAUGUGGUAACAUUCUGUAAUCCAUAGUAUGACUCUGAAAAGGGCAUAUGACAACUAUGGACAUAUAUAAGUCUCUUAAGGUGUUUAUCCUUGACUCUUGCUUUGUAAAUGCUCUCUUUCAUGUCCAAAUAAACCAGUACACACUU